UUUGCAACACCAAUCAUCAACAUCAUGGGAUUGUGGGACGUGGAAGACUAUGGCACCAUCGCUGAUAGGGCUUGCUGGUCUAUGUUCGCAGUCACAGCUUGCGAGCAGCCCUCUUAUGUUGCGCCGAAUGGCAGCUAACUGUCUUGUAGUCUUCGUGGCGUUGAGAGUCGGCACUCGCAUAUUCAGCAAAGGCGGUGGCCUUGGAAUGGACGACUAUAUCACCGUAUUCUGCGUCGUUGUGAUGUUCGUCACCUGUAUCCUGAUCACGAUCGGCACCCAGUACGGUCUUGGACGAAGAAUGGAGGCCAUCGAUCCCCCAUUGAUACCGCGAGCUCUCAAGUGGAAUGUAAUCAUCAGUUCGGUACUGAUAUGGACAUUUUCGCUACCCAAGUUCGCCAUCAUUGCUACUCUCAAGCGCAUUCUGAACUACGGCCUCAAGACGACGAUACUAUUCUGGGGCCUCGCGCUCAGCUCCCAGGCCUGUAUAUUGGCUACUUCGGUCUGGUGGUACGAGCAAUGCGAUCCGGUCGAAUUCGGCUGGAACAGAACCAUACCAGGCGGAAAAUGUGCCAGUACCAAGGUCAUGUCAGAUUUGGGCUAUUUCACUUCGGCCUACUCUGCCUUCCUAGAUGUAUUCUUCGCUUUGUACCCGAUUCCAUUCAUUAUGCGCCUCAACAUGCCACUCAAGAACCGCAUCCUGUUCUCGAUCGCGCUGGGCCUCAGUAUCCUGGCCUUCAUCCUCACCAUCUACAAACUCACAAUCUUUGGGGAAAUUUUUGUAAUACUGGCUGAGAACCCGACUUACCCGGUCCCGCUUCUCGAUAUACUCGGUCUAGGAGAGGGUUGUAUUCUCGUGGUAUGCUCCUCUUUGCCCACACUGGGCCCACUCUUCCGCUUGGCCAGAGGCAAAGUUCGGACUCUCAGUGGCAGUGGCAAUGGCAGUAGGACCACCAGCCAGGGACGACGCAGUAGCGCCACCCACCGAGGGCUAUCCAGCACCAGCGGAAGAUGGGAUAAACUUCAAGGGCAUCAGUUGGAUGACGAGGAGAGAACAUCGAGCCACGCAGGUGAAAGCAUCGAUAAUAUCCCGCUCGUCUACCACGGCGCGGACCAGAUCCACAAGACACUUGAGUUUAAGGUGACCACGAGCGCAAAGGGUGACCGACGGGCGAAGCCAAUUGACGAUCGGGACAUCUAGCUUGGUGUCAGUGUGGCGGCCAGUACUUCCUCUAGGCAUCUACGCGCGCGAUGGGGCAGCAGCGUCGUGGUGAUGAUCUGAUUGGGCAAGCUUCGGUGUUGUUGAAAUGAUGUUGUUGAGGUAAUGUUAGUAAGGUGAGGAACUGUGAAAGAGGGCGACUUGAGCGGAACUAAAAGCAACACUGAAUUUCAUAUUCCCACAGAAAGUCUCACUUUACCUUAAUGAAAACGUUAUUUCGAG